AUAUAAUACACAUAGCUAUACAUACAAAAACAUUAAUUGCUACUACACUUCCCUUUAAACGAGAGAGAGAGACAGAGAGAGAGAGACAGCAAUGUCAUCAGCAGAGGUGGAGGUGGCAGUGCAAAUCGAGCAGCGGCGGCGGCACCGGAGGUGGACCCACACGCCGCAGAUCACAUUCAGCAGUGGUGGGACCACAACAGACGGGAGUGUGUAUUUCUCUGAUUCAGAGGAGGAGGAGAAUGGGGGGGAAUGUGGGGUGUCAGGAGGGGAUGAGGAGGAGGAGGUGGAUUUGGAGAGUGGGGAAUUGGAGAGGAAAGUGCAUAGUUAUUAUAGGAAUAAGAGGAGGAGGAGGAGGAAGAAGAAGAAGAGAGAUGGGGAGGAGAGAGAUGAGGGGGGGAGAGAGUGUAGGAUUUGUCAUUUGGAUGUCAUGGAGAGAGACAAUGGAGGUGGAGAGAUGGUGGAGGAGGAGGGUGAGAAUGGUGGUGGGUAUAUACAGUUGGGAUGUGAUUGUAAAGGUGAUUUGGGUGCUGCUCAUAAGAGAUGUGCUGAAACUUGGUUCAAGAUUAGGGGCAAUAUAAUUUGUGAGAUAUGUGGUGCUAUUGCGCUCAAUGUUGCUUCUGAACAGAUGAUUGAGGCACUCAAUGUUUCCGUUGAGCAGACAAAUUUGGCAAACUACACUGAUGGACCUGUGACAGAAGUAAACGCGGCACCUGAGGUCGUUUCUGGUUCUCGAUUCUUUGAUGGUCGCCGACUUAUGAACGUUCUGCUAGUCUGCAUGAUUGUCGCUUUUAUCAUAUCCUGGCUUUUUCACUUCCAUGUUUUUCACUAAAUUUUAUAGAAUGAUUUAUCCUCUUAAAUCCUAAGGAAGAACUCCCAAUUUAAAUGUCUAUAUCCAAUAUGGUAGCUGAGUUAUAGAAGUAUUACAAAUGCUUUAAUUUUAUAGAAUGGUGUAUCCUACUUUGGAUUUUAUGACAAAAUUUUGGGUUAUAUCAGAGCACUGGCACUCCAUUAUUAUGUGAA